AAGAAGUUAGCAUCGUACUUGUAAUGAAAUUGUCUGAGGCAGCUAGGUUAAGUCCGAUUCGGUGUUCUUUUCGGCAGAAAUUUUCUAUUUAUCUGUCACUCGGCUCAUAUAUUAUUGGCUAGGAAAGGGAAAACAAAUAAAUUAAAAUUACCAUACUCAUUUAGGUGAUAUUUUUCUUUUUCCUCCUGUUUCUCAAACUUCCCAUUCGACGUCUCCUCCACUUCACCUUUCAAAUGAUGUUUCUCACGAACUCUUCAGCCACCUCAAUCACACAAACCCUACACACUCCACACUUCUUUUGAAGCUCUCACCACUCUAAUUUCUCUAUAUUCUCAUGCAAAUAUCAUCAAAUAAUAUAUAUAAAUAUAUAUAUAUCUGUGAAACCUCUUAAUGCUCCUUAGCUUAGCUUCCAUGGAGGACACAUCCAAAUGUUCUUGAACUCGGCCUUCAAUUUUUUUUCUUGAAUCUCAAGCUGUCAACAGGUGGGAUUCCAAAAUUCGUCGACACCAAUUAAUUCAUCAGGUCAACAUAAUUGAGGGAUUAUCAUUCAGAAUGCAUACUGUGAUUUUGGUGAAAUCUACACCAAAUUAUUUAAAUGCUGUAGAUUUAGAAGCAAAGAUUUAACCAUGAUGAAUCAGAUGAUAUUAGCCGUAGCUGUCAGAUAGAAGAGCUUAAUGAAGACUUGCAGCCAGUUUAUACUCUUCUGAAAUGAAGGACGAACAGAUGUUUAAGACCAAAUGGAAAAGUUGUCACAGGAUCCACAAAACACACCAGGAGUACAAUCCUUGACCCAAGUUUCACAUGAGUCCCAAAGUGACCAACAUAACAAGAAGGCAGAGCCUCCCAUAGCAGACUCAGGUUCAGUUUCCAUUUCGAGCAAUGAAAACAGGAAAGUUUCACGUGACGAUAUUGAACUUGUCCAGCAUUUGAUAGAACGGUGUCUACAGUUGUAUAUGAAUAGAGAUGAGGCAGUAAAAACCCUCUUGAAUCGUGCAAAAAUAGACCCCGGGUUUACUACUUUGGUAUGGCAGAAGUUGGAAGAAGAAAAUGCAGAAUUUUUCAGGGCUUAUUAUAUAAGGCUAAAAUUGAAGAAACAAAUUAUCUUGUUCAAUCAUUUGCUAGAGCAUCAGUAUCAUCUAACACAGCCAAAGGUUUCUUUGGCUCCCAUACAGAAUGGGAUUCAUUCCAUGCCAGUUAACAACUUACCUAUGGGGUACUUCGUCCAACAGCAACUUUCAGUUCCAGCCACAGGUCAUCCUCAUAUUGAUUCCAUGGGCUCUGGAAUUUCUAGCUGCCAUGUGGUUAAUGGAGUUCCUGCACCGGGCAAUUUCCAUCCCAUGCGGAUGAAUUCUGGGAAUGAUAUGGUAAUGGGCAGCAAUGCAGCAGAUGUAGCACCUGCUAUUCCACCAAGCAGUGCCAUGUCAUCUAUGUCAGAGAUGCCAGUGAGUCAAAUACCGGUGGCACCCACUGGGCAUUUCCCCUUUACAGCGUCAGAAAUGGAAGUAGACACAUCAGCACUUGACAUAGCAUUUACAUCAGAUGUGGCAAGUUCAGUAGAAUUGCAGCUUUCAGCUGAUGGUGGGGCUGGGGUUUCUAGAGACUCUUAUGGAUCUUUGGCUCAAGUUCCUUGGAAUUUCAGUCUUUCAGAUCUGACAGUAGACUUGUCAAACUUAGGAGAUCUAGGAGCCUUGGAGAACUAUUCUGAUUCCCCAUUUCUGCCUUCUGAUUCAGAUAUUUUACUUGAUUCGCCAGAGCAAGAUGACAUAGUAGAGGAGUUCUUUGCUGAUUCUGUCCCUGGCCCACCAUGCUCUCAAUCAGAUGAAGAGAAGUCCUAGAUUUAAGGUGAGGCCUUUCCAUCUCUUUUAAUUAUUUAGGGUAGGAUAAGGUGGUUGUACAAUAAAGAAUAAAAGAAAAUAAUGAAUCAUCAGUUUCCUUCACUAGUAAUUUCAGGGUCUUAGUUAUUAAUGAUUUUGAAGAGUUGUGCUUUGUAGUGAUGUUGUUGCACUUCAGGUAGUAUUUAUGUUAUAUUAGUUUCAUUUUUCAUAAUCCUUGGUGUUAUGAUGGAUACUGAACACAACAAUCAUUUGGAAAGCACAAGAAUCUUACCAUGUAUUCUUUUCCCCGAAAAGGGGAAAAAAGAAAGAAAUAAAAUCUUUGAGUUGGUA